AUGCAGAAACAGGUCAAAGGGCAACAACACGUCAAUGAAUUACUUCCAUCAGUGAUACAACAGGAAGAUCCAACAAACGAUUCACUGUCACCGUUGUCAUCUGCUCGUUGCACUGAUCAAUAUCAAAGUGAUAAACUGUUAGCUGAGAUUCGUAAUGGAGUACAAUUGCGCCACGUAAUACCAAAUGAUCAUAAACAAUGCGCUAAAAUGCUUUAUGAUAAAGCAUGCGAGAAAAAAGAAGAAAAUAAUAUAAAUGAAAAAGAAACAAAGUUAGAAACGGAAAAAGCAAUUAAUAUUGGAAAUAUCUUACUUAAUGCUAUGCAAAAGCGACGACUUCUAAUGCAUUUUGGUUAA